UUUAAAAUUAAUGUGCUAGUGUCUGUGUGCGGUCGUAUUAUUGGGUGCUAUCUAAAAGUUCCUUCCAAAUUCCCCUUUGGAUGGUGAGACUCAAUGAAGAGGCUUUGACUCUGAAGGACACGGUAUGAACAAUAUUACUGUAACUCAAGAGAAGAACGUUGUGUAAAUCCGAAGACAAAAUGGCUGCUGAAAACUUUAUUGAAGCCUUACACAGGCUGAAGGAGAUUCAUGAGAAAGAAGUGUUAGGUAUGCAGGCAAAGCUGUCAGAACUAACAAUGGAAAAGUGUCGAGAUGGGCAGAGGAUUGAAGAGCUGUUUUCAAAGAAUCAUUUACUGCGAGAACAACACAAGGUUCUUAAUGAAAAUAUAAAAGUAUUGGAGAACAGGUUGAGGGCUGGCCUUUGUGACAGGUGCACAGUAACCCAGGAACUAGCCAAGAAGAAGCAACAAGAAUUUGAGAACUCUCAUUUACACAACUUGCAACAGAUCUCAUCCCUCAAUUCUGAAAUGAACAACUUGAAAGAAGAGAAAAGGUUCCUCCUAGAAGAGUUAAAGAAACUGAAAAACUUUGACGAAAUAAACAAGCCCUCCAGAUCCCAUACUCCUGAAGACAAGCUUGCUUCAGAUUCGCCUCGGUCUCCUACAACUUCUACAAGUCAGAAAAAGGCUCUAGAACAAAUGAGUAAAGAUUCAGAGACACAAGAAAGUCUAUCCAACUAUCAGAUAGAAGACAAAUCCACUGUUGCUUCCAGGCUCUCUCCAGGUGGGAAAAGUUCUCAGGUUGGAAUCGGAUGUCAGGAUAAUUGCCUUCAACAGAUGAAUUUUCAAAAUGUGACAGGAGCACAGAAGCUAUUUCUGAGCAAACCAAACCAACAGAGAAUUUCCAACCAACUACAUGGUACCAUUGCUGUGCUGAGACCAGGUUGUAAAGGUGGCCAAGUGGGAAUGGGAACUUCGCCUUCUCUAAGCAAACGGACUGUCAACCAUGAUUUACAUUCAAAAGCGAGCAGUGAUUCCUAUGCUACCUUGUCAAAGUUUGACUCAUUGAAGCAAGUCAUUCCAGAGGAACAACUUUGUCUCUUGAGCCAACAUUUGGCACAGAGACAGCUUGAGCAGCGGUGUCCUGGUGUUUCUGGAGAGGCAAUGGGUCGGUAUUUACUAACAAAAAGCCGUGAGGCUGAGAUGGUUAAGAAACGAUCCCAAGAAGACUGGGAUGAAAGGGCAGCAAUGGCAGAGCUACAUGGUGCAGUACUUUAUAUGAGAGAGCAGGGAUAUAGAAACAGGUUGAUGCACCCGGAAGAGAGAGAGAGGCUCCAGUACAUCUUAACUAGGCAACACCAAGAACAGAGGUCACCAAAGUCACCUGGUGAGAUUCCAAAGUCUCUUGAAAGAGAUGGUCACCAAGAGGGAAGGUUGUCACUACUUGAGGUUCUCAGUAAACGCUUGAGGAACAGUUAUCAAGAUAACCACCCUGAAGAGCAGGAAUGGGAAGUCAAAGCAAGUGCUGUGCCAGAGAAAGAACAUGAAGAUGAGUCAACUCCAGACAAGCCCCUUGACCUAUCUGACACAAAAAGAGCACAGCUCCAUCAACACAACGAACACAGAAAAGAGCAUAGAGGGAUGUUUGACACUUAUAGUCCAACCGUUAGCAACAGCUCACCUCCCAAAAUAGCCCCCAGCACUGAUAUAGUAGGGGAGAAGGAAGAAAACAGAUUAACUUGUAAGACUGAGCAUGAAAGGACAGAACAAAAAGACAUAAAAAAUGUACUAGAACCUAACCCUUGUUUGGAGAAUAAAAGUGAAUCAACAAGAAUCAAAAUAACCACCAGGGGACAGAAGAGAGAAUGUGAAAGUGAGCCAGAUGAAGAAGAGGAAUCAGUAGAAGUUCAGUCUAACCAUGAGGAACUGGAUGAAGUAAACACUUCUUGCAGUGAGGCAGAGACGGAUACCUUGUGGCAUGCUCACACUGGGAGCACCAGGGAAGAGUUUGUCCAGAACAAGACUAAGGCGGAGCACAAAUGGGGAAGAAAAGGCACUAAAGCCUCAAAGAAAUCAUCAAAAAGGAAACGGAGAGUAAGAGACUUACCCGCAGAGAGCGAUACAUCCCAUGAAGGAGAUUAUACAAGAUGAGAUGCGUUUCCUCAACCAAUUUAUACCACGAGGAGGACAGGAAGAUGUUUCUGUGAACCAACCUGAACCAUUGUCAUUACAAAUGACACAUUGAUGUAAUCAUCACAAAAAUAAUUACUAGAUGGUUAUAUUUUGUGAAGAAAAAAAAAACAAUUACCUACAAAACGUUUUACAACUUACAAAACACUUGAAAAAGCCGAGAUAUGGAAAAGUUUUGAAUAUUAUUUAUGAAUGUCAAUUAAAUAGGUGCAAAAGUUGCUUGUAUACAUGCUGAGAACCCAUGGAUGUUUAGGAAAAUGUAAUUAUAUGUAGCAAUACUCACUGGAAGUUAUUUCAAGUAUAAACUAUAAUUAGUAUAGUUAGUCAUUCGUUUCUCUACAUGGUUUUACAUGUUAUAAUGCAAAAAUAUAUAUAUAUUUAAAGGUAAAAAAAAAAUCAACAGCUUCUUAUGGAAGAGAUUGUGUACAUAGUUAGAUACAAAUCUAUAAACAACUUCCACUUUUGUUUGUUUGAAUAAGCACUUAGAUUUGAAUUCCUUAAAGGGACAUAAAAUGCUAUUUUAUUUAUAUAUGUAUCAGCAAUGAAUCCCUAAACUGCAGAAAGUCUGUGUAAAAAUUAAUGUUUUUAACUGUUUUAAAACUGUAAUUUUGUUAACAACGCUUGCAUUGUUUUCAUUAACCUUCUAUAAAGCUUUUUUUCUUAUCUGA